AUCAGCAGCAGCACCACCAUCAUCAACACCAUCAGCACCACUACCAUCAGCACCACUACCAUCAGCAGCAGCAUCAUCAGCAACAGGAGCACCAUCGGCAAUGACAGCGGCAAAGGCGCAAGCAUCAUCAUCAUCAGCAAGGCCAUGUUACUGCGAGUUCGUAGACAAAGUCAAAGCGUGCGCGAGAGGGCCUCCUGGUCGUGCCGGGGAGCGGCUUCUCGACGACGCCUACCGCCUGCUGCCACGCUCGCUGCCGUGGCCCGACCACACCGCGCUGGCCGCGGCUCGUGCUCUGAUUCACCUGCAGCGGGCGCACGCUGGCCACAACCUCAAGCUCUUCCGCAAGCUCGAGCAGAUUCUAUGCAAGCUGGGGGAGAGCAACGGCCAUGGCGGUCGGAUUCUCGAGGCGCUGAGGCAGCGGCUCGGCUCUCUGCUGGCAACGGGCGAGAUGAUGUCGCAGGAGGAGCUGCAGGCAGUGUCUGCGUACCUGGAGGAGGGAGUGUUGGUGCGAGGUCUCUGGAGGGAGAGUCUGGAGGUCGUCAUCGCUAAAGUGGCCCGGAGCUUCACGUUGGUGCUCGAAGACAGCGGGAGCCGGGACAGCCCCUGGUGCUACUUUGUCAUCAAGGUGUGCCUGCAGAUCUUCCAGCUGUUGCACUCCGAUUUGAGAAGUAUCCUGGAGUCGCGAGAGAGGGUUGCUAUCCACCACAACCUAACAGUCAUCCUCCAGUCUCUACUCCAAGCAGUUUCUGGCCUGGUGACGGGCAAAGACGGCCGACUCCUCGCAGCCAACGCCCUGGCCUUGAGCGUCAACCUCCUGGUGGACCCUACGCAGGCGGCGGCCGCAGCGAGGGACGCGCUCCGUCUGACAGCAGGAACAGGUGUACUGCGGAUUGGGCUGUUCCGGCUGCGUGCAUCAGACUUGCAGUGGGAUGAUUUUUCGUGCCUCGCCGUCUGCAGGGGUCUCAUUACCUGCACCAGGAAGGAUGUUCUGCUGUCUUCUGUCGAUGCUCAGGGUUGCCUGCUGCUCGACUCGAUCUUCCCAGCUUUGUGCCGACUCUGCGGGCAGCGACAGGAUGCCCAGUACCCCGCGUUCCAAGUCCUGUGGCUGUGGAUGCGGUGCGUGCGGAGCAACCGGCGUGACCUGGCCGACCUCGUGCCCGGCCGUCGCGUCUUCCCCGACGGCGGCCCGCGGCUCGACAGCGUCCUGCUGCUCCUGCGCUGCAACUGGGAGAGCCCGGUGGAGGGCGUGGUGGAGAGCGUGUAUGGAUGCAUGCAGCUGCUGCUGGAGCUGUACGCUCGCGAGAACCAGGAGGACAUUGGCUGCGCGGAGCGGCCGCUCUUUGGGCUGCUGCUCAGGCAGGCGCUGGGCCUGCCGUGGGAGUCGCGGGGCAGGCCUGCCCUCCUCAGGGCCCUGCUGCCGCACGUCGGGGCACGCACGAUUUUGGAGGCGGACGCAGAUCUUCCCCAGCAGAUGUUGUCCUGCCUCUCCACUAACUACCUGGCUCCCUUGGCUGCCGAGCUCUACAAGGAGCUGCUGAAGAGUCAGAGGGACGCGUGGGAGAGGGAUCUGUCGCUCGGUCCCUGCGCGACUCGGCCGGUCGACCUCCCAGAACGCGAGCAGCAAGCGGACACCUCAAAACCCCGCGGCCACCCUGGCCCGGACCGCUUCGCCGUCGGGGUUUCAACGAAGUCCGCACGGGCGGAGGGCUUGGACGCCGCCAGGCAAUCGGACGGGGGGAUGGGAGACGGGGGGUCGGCACGCGGAGACGCUGUCCGUCGAGAGGCGCGCCAGGAUAUUCUAAUGCCGGAGCUCCACGCCAGAGAGUCGAGGCUGGCUGAGAUGUGGGCUGACCGGUGGCUCAAGAUGCUGCACUCUGCGCUGACGUCGGGCGUCUCCUUGCUCCUGUACAACGUGUCCAGCUACCUCCUGCCGUGCACCCUCAAGGUGUUCCCAGAGACGUUUGCUUUGAUGAACGACCACUUCAGUGGGCCUGAUGAUCUCCUGCCCUGGAUAAAUCUGGUGAGCGUCGCCAGGUCCGUCCUCACUCCCGGACCCGAGGGACGCUGGGCGGUGUCGGCCCGGAUCCGCCGGUGCCUGUGCCACCGGGACGAGGGCGUGCGGGCCGCGGCGCUGGCCUUCGUGUGCGGCGCGGGGCCGCGGCACCGGCACCCGCCGGGCCCCGCCGAGAUGGCGCUCCUGCGCGAGUUCGUGCCGCUCAACCUGCCCGUCGGCUCGUCCGCCUUCCGCCAGCAGCUGCAGGGCGGCGUGCGGCGCGCGCUGAGCGACCUGCGCGACGCCGCGCUGGUGGCACUGCGGCGGGAGAGGCGGCUCCGGGGCGCCGACGGCGCCGCCGGCGCUCGCUCGCCGGGCGUCCUCGAGCGCACCGUCGAAUUCGUCGACUGGCUGCUGGACCUGUGCCUCGAUUCCCUCUUCCCUGGCGCAAGCUUCCAGCGCAAGAAGAUGUGUCUGCUGCUCCUGUCAACUCUCCUGGAGACCUUCUCGGUUGUACCGCAGCCCGAGAAGAAGAAAGGCAAACCCCCAGAGGACGUUAAGGAGCUCGUGUCAUGGGCGCGUCACCACGGGCGGUGGGACUUCUGCUCGCAGCGCGGCGUCUCGGUGCUCUGCGUGUGCCUGCAGGACGGCACCAACGAGGUGCGUGAGCUCGCAGCUGAAUUGCUCCAAGGCUUCUUCCCGGCGGAGGCUUUGCUGCCGUGGCGCGACGUCCUCUCGUCCCAAGCCGCCGCUCUCCUACGCAGCCCCAAGGCCCCGGAGGCCGAGGCCGGGGCCCUGCUGCUCAAGCUCGUCUACCACAAGCUCGUGGUGAACUCGGCGACGUCGCGAGCCCAAGGGGCCGACUCCUGCCAGGACGCUGCGGCGGAGUUCGUGUCGGAGAUCGUGGCGACGCUGCGGACGCAGUUCGAGUGCGCCCAGACGAGCAUCCUGGAAGCCUCCAUGACCAUGCCCAUGCACGGAGCGAUCGUGGCGCUGCGUCGGUGUCUCACCGAGGUCCCGGAAUCUCUCGUGCUCUUUGGAACCUCCCAGAAUUCCGCAGCGCGGCGCGGCCUCAUCCCCAGCCUGGUCGCCAUGGCCGCCGCCAUCUCGCGCUUCAUCCUGCAAGUGCUGUACGGGGCGCCGCACGGGGGCAGCACCGACCUCGGCACCGAUGCGGUUCCCUCCUUUGCAGAGAUCGGACGGGCCGUGGAGCACGUGGUGGCCGAGGGAAAGGGCAUGGACAGGGAGGGGCGUGCGUGGGACGACGUUCUCAUCUCGCACGAGCACAGCCACAUCCUCUCGUGCUGCUGGCUCACGCUCAAGGAAAUUGGCCACCUGAUGGGCGGCCUCGGCGAGACCGUGCUGCUGCUGUCGGCGCGGGAUCAGAGGGCGGCCGGAGCCGGGACGCCGUUUUUCGCUCUUGUGCAGACCAUCACGGACGUGCUGAAGCUCAUCCUCACCUGCUGCAGACACAAGGGUGCUAUAGACGGCUGCAGCCUGGGCUUUGUGAAGCUGUGCAGGGCCCUCAGCAGCCACCCCAGCGCUGCCUUUCAGAACAUUCCCUCCAUCCUCUUGGAAGAGGCGCUGGCAUGCGUGGGCACGGGCUCGUCGGUGACGCGCCGCGCCGGCGCGCUGCCGCCCCUGGUGCUGGGCCUCGUGAGCGGGGAGUGCCGCUCGCGCGGCCACUGCCCGCUGCUGCGCGGCGCGCUGGGCACGCUGCUGCGGCUCGCCGCCCGGCCGCUGCCCGCCGCGGUCGACCCGACGCGCGACCUGCCGCAGGUGCACGCACUGCACAUCCUCCAGGCGCUGUUCCGGGACUCCUCGCUGGGAGCCGCCAUGAUGGAGUUUGCUGGCGGCGCCGCCCUCCUCGCCAUCCGCAGCCUCAGCUCCCCCAGCUGGGCCCUGCGCAAUGGCGCCAUUCAGCUGUUUGGGACCCUGGUCGGUCGCAUGCUCGGUCAGAUGCGGACGCACGACGAGCACUCUCCGCAGAACGCCGUGACGGCCGGCGAGUUCCUCCGGCACUACCCCGAGCUGCCCGACUUCCUCCUGAGCGAGCUGCGCGCGGCCGCCGCGCCGCUCCUCGGGGGUCGCGACCUCGAGCUCCUCGUCGCCGUCGCCGCGGCCUCGGGCGCUCGUCCCCCGGCGGAGGCGCUCGCCCCCGAAGGCCGAGCGCCGGCCGGGAGCGGCGCCGCGGAGGGCGCCGCCGGGGUCGAGGGUCGCGGGCCGUGGGAGGGGAGCCGUCCGAGUGGGCGCCUCCAUCUCUCCCCGUCUCUUCAUCCCGUCCUCACCCUCCUCUCCAAACUCCAGCCAGGUGGCGAGGACUCGCACAGCUUGUUGUCCGAGUUCGUGGCUCCGGUCGUGGCGCUGGCGAGCAACCCCAUCCACGACGUGCGGGUCCUGGCUGCCAAGACGCUGGUCGUCAUGGUGACGAGGUCGCGGCGCGCGCCGAUGCUGCUCGCCCUCGCCACGGCUCUGCCGGAGCGGUGGUGCCCCCUGGCCGUGCCGCAGAACGCGCUGCACGGGCGCUUGCUGCAGAUGCUCGCCCUGCUCAAGUGUCUGCUCAAAGAACGGGGAGGCGCCCUGGAGCCGCCGGUGCUGCACUCGCUGGUGGCCGCGCUGGCUUCGCGUUGCUGGCUGCUGGGCGAGGCGCGCGUGUGCCCGCUGAGUCGAGCGCUCGCCGUGAGGUUGCUGGCGGCGCUGGCGCGGGCCCACGGCUCCCACCCGGGCGUUGCGCGGCUGGCCGCAUCGCUCCACGCCAUCGCCAAGGACGAGUUCCUCCUCCUCCACCAGCCGGCGGCGGCGGCGGCGGCGGUUCGCGAGGUGCGUCUUGUGGCGACGGGCGACCGGGUAGCACCAAAGGCUUCACUUCGGCAUUUGCUGGAACGCCGCUACUGUCGGCUCGGAGUAACCCUAAGCGUAUCGUCAGUCAUGUAUCCAAAUAAUAUAGUGUUCUAAGGUAUAAACUAUUUUUAUUUUACCAGGGAAGGCCCACUGAGCUAUAUAGUUAUUUUUCAGAAGCGAC